AUGGCGACGCGCGCGUCGAAACACCGCGCGCGCCGCCGCGCGAUCCAGGGUUUAGGGUUAGGGUUGGCCGCCCUCGCGCUCUGCGCCCUGCUGUCGAGCCCGGCGUCGUCCGGCGUCGACGACCACGACGAUCGCGUCGACCUCGCGUCCCGUCGCGUCGUCGCCGCGGAUCCGCUCGCGCGCGCGCGGGACGCGGGGGAGACGCGCGUCGAAGCGAGCGCGCCACGACGACCACGGCGGCGCGAAACGUUCGAGCGACCGGCGCGCGAUCUCGCGCGCGGCGGACGGCGGACGGCGGACGGCGCGAGCGAGUUAAACGGUUCGACCUCGACCACGACGACGUCUUCGUCUUCGUCGUCGUCGUCGUCGUCGUCGUCGCUCGCGUCCACCUCCGCGGAGGACGAGCUCCCGCCGGACGAGUUCCCGGACUCGCUGCGGCCGCUCCCGCCGGACGCGAGCGCGCCGUCCACGGAGACGGUCUGCGGCGACGCGAGAGCGAACACCGAACGAUGGGGCGACGUCGUGAAAAAUGGAAACGAGAACCUCAGAGACGACGCCGCCGGGUGCUGCGCGUCGUGCUUCGACGCGGGCACGUGCACGACGUGGGUGUGGCACCCGGACAGCAAAGAGUGCUGGCUAAAGCGCGAGGCGGACGUGAACGCGCGCCCCGCCGCGGAGGGCGCGAGCGUGCGGUGGACGAGCGGCGUCGUCCCGCAUCGAGAGGGCGUUCGAUACGCGCUCGUCGAGGACGCGUCGCCGCCGCCGCCGCCGCCGCCGCGGUGCGUCCACGCGGUGCUCACGUCCAGCGGGAACCCGUACAUGAACUGGCAGACGCGGAUCAUGUACGCGACGUAUAAGAAGCACGCGAGGACGAGAGGGUCGAUUUUGAAGGCGUUCACGAGGGUGUUGCACCGCGGCCGCGACGACGAGCUGAUGUUCGAGGUGCCGACGAUGCGUUUCGAGCCGAACCAAGGCAACUGCGACUCGUGGUGCGACUACCCCGUCGCGGAUCGCUCGCUCGCGAUCGCGCAGUGGUCGAAGACGACGGACUCCCUUCGGUGUAGUCACGUGAUCAUGGUGGAGACGGAUUACGUGUUCGUGAAGUCGCCGCCGCCGUCGAUCAUGCUCCCGCGCGGGUCCGCGCUCGGGUUUCAGUACGCGUACAUCGCCCCGUUCGAACCGAACGCGAAGGAGACGUACGAGGAGUACAUGAGCGACCACCCGGAGCUCACGCGUCAGAAGUUUAAGCUCGCGCCGACGGGGAACGCGCCCUCCGUUGUGAACGUGGAGGACUUGAGAGUUAUCGCUCCGCUGUGGGCGGAGUUCGUGAACAGGACGGAGGCGCCGGAGCGUCGGAGAAAAGCGUUGGGGUGGCUGCGCGACAUGUACGCGUACGUCUUAGCCGCGCUCGUGACUGGCAUCACGCACGAGACGUCGCAGUCGCCGACGUCGGAGCUCAUGGCGCAGCCUCCCGCGGACGGAGAGCUCGGAAACGCGUUCAUUCUGCACUACACGUGGGGACCGGAGAUAUACGACGAGAAGGACGCGAAAAUCUGGGAGUUCGACAAGAGAGCGUACGGGGGAGGCCAGUACAAGAGAGGGCCGUACGAGCUCACGCCGAUUAAGGAGCCGCCGCCGUUUAGGGCAGGUCUGCAACUGCAGACUUUCUUUUCUCCGCGAGCGCUCUCGGAGAGCAAGCUCGAUCUCUUAGGCAAAAUGGUCGACGAGAUGAACGAAGCCAUCGGGGCGUUGCCGCGCGUGCCCAAGGGCUUCAAGUCGCUCGCCGACGCGGAAGCGGCGGCCGCUUGA